ACCAAAAACAUGGCUCAAACCUUCUUCCCGUCAAGGAUUACGACAACGAGCCAGUUGGCCUACGAGACGUUUUGAAGUAGUUCAAGUUUGUUGGAACUGUUUUGGAUUAAACAAAUUCAGACUUCCUGUUUGUUUUUAGCUGAGAGAGGAAUAGGGAGCUGUGACUUCAUGGGGCUGCGUAGGGCAACUUCACCUUAACAACCAAACGCAAAGAGGGAAGAUGGGGUCGUCGGGUCGCCUUCUCGCUGUGUUUCUGCUACUGUGUGUCUGUGGAGGCAGCGUUGGAGGUCACUCCAGCCGUGCCGCUGUGGGCCCCUGCAUGGUAGACGCAGGCAAAGGCAAGGUGGUAUUCAACUGCAGUCAGAAGAAUCUCACAAAGAUUCCUAAGGAAAUAUGGAGCAAUGUGACCAAACUGGACCUCUCGCACAAUGGUCUGACCUUGCACCUCCACAAGUCUCAGAGAGCGCUGCAGAGGUUUCACAGGCUGACCCACCUGAAUCUGUCAGCUAACCACCUCCCCCUGCUGGCCAGAGGCUGUCUAAGCAGCCUCGCGUCUCUCCAGGUCCUUGACCUUAGCCACUGCCAGCUUGCUGAGGUGGAGGCCGGUGCCUUUGAAGGCCUGCCCAGGUUGCAGAAGCUUUUUCUGGGGCACAACAUGCUGGAAGAGUCAGUGGCCCCUGCCUUGGAAGACCUUAGAGGGGUCCUGCACCUUCUGGAUGUACGAGGCAAUCGCCUUCUGAAUGUACGAGGCAAUCACCUUCUGGAUGUACGAGGCAAUCUUCUUCUGGAUGUACGCGGCAAUCGCCGUUCUCCAACCUCACGUGGGCGAUGUGGAACAAAUAGACGGAUCCGAGUCAGAGGCUCCAAACCAAUUGUUCAUGAAGGGAAUCAUGAAGGGCUUGAAGAAAAACUUCUCAGUAAACUAAACCACAGAAAGUUGCUUGCUGAAGAUCCCAAUGAAUUCCUAACUACAUUAGCACCAACUACUGCCCUUAAUGACACCGUUAGCCCCCGGGGCCCUGCUCACAACUGGAAGUUCCUGGUGGGCGUGCUGGUAUCAGCCAUCGUGCUCUCCAGCGUCAUCGCCGUGGUGGCCAAGUGCAAACUCCUCCACCGCUACAUAGCCAGCUACCGCCACUCGCGCUUCACCAACGUGGACUCCCUGAGCCACUGUGACCCUGACGUGUAUGAGGUGGGGUUCGCCUCAAGGGGAGGAGCCAGCACGACAUCAGGAGGGGUGGGAGGGUACCGUGAGGAGGAGGAGGAGGACGACGACGACGAUGACGAAGGAGAAGGGGAAGAUGACGAUGGCUUCAUUGAGGACAAUUAUAUCCAGCCCAGUGAGAGGGAGAGGGCAGCGAAAGCAGCACGUCAUGUGAAAGAGGAAGAGGAGGAGGAGGGGAUGGGGGAGAUGGAAGAGAUGGAGGAGGAUAUGUUCACUAUAGGCUGAGAUGCUAAGACUGGAACAGGUUGCUGUAUUGAGAAAGGCCCUAGCUACUGUAUGAGGGCCAACAAACAAACAAACAAAAAAAUAUCCAAAAAUACAAAGUUUUUGGAAAUACUGAAUCAGGACCCAAACUCUACAAGUUUUCUGAGUUGAUGGGUUUGGAUUGAAUGUAUGGGGAAGGAAAGGCCCUACUGUAAAAAUUGAAAGGCUGUAGAGACAACAACAAAAAAUGGGGUGCUUAAUACAUGAUUUUGUUGAUCUAAGUUGCACUAUUCUUGUUGUAUCAUGUAUGUUCAUGAAACCUGACAAAUAAUGCAAACUAGUUCUGUGCAUGACUUUGAUGUGAUAGCCUAAUUUGUGAAAAUUAAUCUUUGAUGGUAGGCUAUAUUGUGACUUGAAAAUGUGCCCUACACUCCCUUGUAAAUAGUUGGGCAGAUACUGUUAAAAAAUAUUUUCACUCCAGUUUAAAUAAAAUGUUUAUU